CUUUUGUACUCGCUCGAUUUUUGAAUUGUUGAUUGCUGCAAUAAUACACUAUCGUAUUCCUUCGCAAGUGCCUUUUGAAUUACGUUGUGGAUGUCGAGUAAUCGCAACGUUAGGGCACAAUUGUAGACGCGAGGAAGUAUUAGGAUAUGUGUAUACGCUAGUUCAGUCAAAAUGAAGCAGCAACAAAUUGGCGAGCCCGACAUAGCUGAUUGAUGGACUACAUCAUUUCGAAGUAUACACAGUGGAAUAAAUCAUCUUUGCCAUCGCAUCAACUUUUAUAACUUCAUAACAUUUGGAUGUAUAAUUACUGAUAUUUCUACUAAAAGUACCUCCGGACCUGGCGGCACAGCGACUGCUAUCCCAGUUCACCCUGAUACUCAAGAAGCUGGCUGUUAUGAAACACCUCAAUUCCAGUUCUCUGUCCUCAAGCUUCAGCAUUGUCUACAGGUGUGCAAACACUCUUACAAUGGUCUGCAACUCCAUUUACUCAAACUGGUCCUACAGCUGUUCAAUUACAACAGUUUACCCAAUCACCUCAACAACAACAGAUUCAAGCACAAGCUCAUCAGUUACAACCAGCUCAACAGCCAACUUAUAUCCAACAACAUCAGCAACAACCAACAAUGAUGGCAACUGACGUCCCUGUCAGUGGUCAACCUGGUACUGUAACUGCACGCUCCUAUGCUACUCCCCAGUUUAUCACUCUGGCACCAGGAGCUCCAUUAAACGUUUUGACUGUUGUUCCUAACGGUCAGCUGAUUCAAAGCACUGGUUUACCACAGCUUGUGCCAACUGCUCUUGUUGGAAUAGCUAUCAAUCAACCAACUUCUACUCUCCAACCUCAGCAAACAUCAAUUCAAGUUACUCCUCAACGCCGAGUAACAACACCCCAGCAACAGCAACAAUAUGCUGACGGACGUUCACUUUCAACCGUAUCAGCAGCAGCUACUGCUGCACUCUUCUCUGGCACAGCCAUCUCUUCUUGUACAAUUCCACUUGUACAACCAACUUUCAUGGAAAUACAGGUAACUGAAUGUUUACCCAAGUCAUUCCCAUACUUCUUUAUUACUAUACUAUUAACUGUAUGUUAAGAUAUAAAUCUAUUCUGUAACUCUUACCAAUAAC